AUGCAUGCGCGCGUCGUCUCUCUCUUCUUCGCUCCACUCAGGGCGUGUUUCGCCUCGUGCACCAAAUGGGUUCUCGCUCCCGGCUGCCGGCUGCUCAAACCGGCCGUCGCGGCGAGCACCCGCUUCGCUGCGGCGAACGCGUUUCCUCUGGCGCUCUGCUUCGGCCUCUUUGCGGUCUUUCUUGUGUUCCUGUUCCUCUUCUCGUUCUUCUGUUCACUGGUCAUCGGCGGAAUCUUCGCCUUCCUCUUUGCCCUCGUCGUCCUCUACAACCUCACGACGGCCCUUCUCUUCCCCGGCAGCAGCGCCUUCUUCAGACGCCAGCUGGAGCUCCAGUUCUGCACGGCAGCCAUCAUCCCCUUCAAAGGCCACCUCGGCGUUCUGGAGCUCCUCCUCUCCUUUCUGCUCUACCGAGCCUACCUGCGGGACGCGGCUGGCUGCACGAGCGAGGGGUCUAACUGGAACGGCGACUGGCGGGCCGACCGCCCCCAAGUCCACCCCGAGGAUUUGCCUCUCGCCGACUCUUCUGACGAUGUCUCUUCUCUCGCUUCUCUUGCCGGUCGGCCGCAGCGUCGACCGCGGCCGUCCACCCGCGACUACGAGGAGGCAGACUCCCGUCCCCGCAGAUUCAUCUUUCCUCGCUGGCCGUCGGUCGCGUCUCUGCCGCCCUCUCCCGCGUCCUUCGCUGCGGGAUCCCCUGCGUCCUCCCCGUCUGCCGCGCCUUCCGAGCCGUCGCGCGCGGCACCUGACGCCGCUGCUCCGAUCUCUCCGUCGCUAGUCCCUUUCCCGCCGCCGCUCCUCCUCGCUCCAGAGCGCUCGCCCGCUGUCCCUUCAUCCUUGCCGUCGUCACCCUGGCUCCUGUCCAACUGCCUCUCCUCCCCCGAGGCGCUUGUCGCGGACGUGACGAUGAACGAGGUCCGGGAGAGUACCUUGGCGCUCUCCUCGCUCCUCCGCACCAUGGCGCAUGCACGGCGGAAGAUCGGCGGGGCCUGCGCGGCCCUCUCGCCUACCUGCUCACGACGCUCCCUGUCCCCGUCCUCUUCUCGCCUCGCGCGCGACCGAGGGGAGGAACAGAGCGCGGGAAAGUCUUCCCUUGAGGCACACUCGACAGACUCGUUCGAGGAAAUCGAACUCAGUGCGGGGGCGCCUGGCCCCUCGAACGCGGCGCGCGAACCGAAGACGCCUGUUUCUCCCGCGCGCGAGCGAGAGACAGAAGAGGGACAGCGCGAGACAGACGCGAGACCGGAGGACGAGAAGCAGCCGGCUGUCGAGUUGGGGUGGGAGAGACAAGAUGCCCCGCAGCUGGCGAGAAACCAACGCGGGCAACUGACCUGGCAACAAGAGGACGUGUUCUACCACGGCUCGCAGCUUCUGUUCCACCUUGUGCAUUUGUCGAUCGACGUGGUGAGACCCCAGACUCCGCGCUGCGCGGACAAAAGCCGCCACGGCUCGCUGCCCCAGGGGACCGGACCUUCUUCUUGGUCCUUCCUCGCCCUCUUCGGUCUGGCGAAACCGUGCUGUGCGGCCGCCGCGGGUCGGCGCGGUGCACAUGUGGACGCGUCUCCGAGUCCCCACGGAGACAGACACCCGCGCUCGCCUGAGACGCCGAGCCCCGAGCCCGAGCUCCUCUCUGACCCGUCGCUGUGCUCGUCCGCGCCGGUGUCGUCCGCGCCGUCUCCUCUGCCGCCGUUGCGGGCCUCAGUGAGCGAGCUCGCGCUGUCGAGCUCCGCGUCCGCUCGCAAAGAGACCGCCGGGCGCCCGUGGUGCGCCGCGGGAGGAGGCGCGAUUCGCUGGCCGGUUUUCCACUGCGCCGCGGCGCUCUUCCAUCUUCGUCAGCUGCUGCUCUUUCUCUCUCCGCACCUGCCGAGCCCAGAGCCUUCGCGCUGGCGUCGUCGGUCCAGUCUCUCCGCGUCCGGCUCCGGCGGCAUUCUCGAAGUGCCCGCGCUCGCUGCGCUUCCUCGCUCGCUUCUCCGCAUGUUGAUCUCUCCACCGCUCUCUUCGCUUCUGCUCCUCGCAGGCGAGCUGGAAGAGACUCAUGGUGGCACCGAGCUCUGGAUUCCUGUCUCCGAGGCUCACACACUCCGACUCCUGCUCUCAGCCUGUGCGCUGCCUGUUGUCCUGGCGAAACGGGCGCUCCGCGGUUGGCUGCGUGGCCGCCGCCGGGGCACGUCCGACGUGGAGAGCGAGGCCCAGAGAGCCUGCAGGUCGGAACCGCGUCUCGACCAGACGAGUCGAGGCGCGAAGAAGAGAGAAAAGGCCGAACGAACCGCGGCUGUGGCGGACACGCACGGCCUCAAACCCCAGAGACAGGAAGCCGGCGCGCCUCAGCCGGCUCCAGGAACGGAUCAGCAAGGGGGUGCUCGGGCGCGUAUCCCUUCCGCUGAAUUCGCGCAAGCGUCCGUUUCCCUCGCCUGCGGCAGCGCUUCGUCCCCUGAAGGUUCUUCCCCUGCAGGUUCUGCCUCUUCUGUCUCGGCGCGUCUGUGCUGCCGCCUCGGUGCCUGGCUCGAACCGGAGAGCCGGCUGUAUCUCCACGCGGUUUUCUUCCCUGCUCCCAACACACACUGGCUGCUCCCAUCCACUGCGUUUUCGUCGCCUCCCGUCUUCCGUCCGCUCUCGAACGCGUCUGCCGCGCAGCUCCCCUGGAACGGGGGCGAGGACGCCUGCAGCGCCGCGGCGCGCAGGGCGUUCCCCCACUCAGGUGAUUGCCUGUUGUCCUUUGUCCCGCCGUCCGUCGGCGCAUGCGAAUGUUGCCACUCGCGCUCGCGUCUCGCAUCCGCGGAGAACGGCCCCUUCAACACGAUGCCGGCCUCGCCGCGAGCGCGGUUGACCUACCGCCUAUUUCUUCUUUUCACACAGCUGCAGCGCCAGGAACAAGUUGAGGUGUAUGUACACUCGGCCGCCGACGAUACCGACGACGACACCGCGUCGUCCCGCGACUUCCGGCUCGUGCGCGGCAGCAGAGAUCGAGGUGACUCGAGGACGCUCCCGAGGCGCCGCAGCGACACGUCAGAACUCGCGUGGCCCCGCGGAGACUCGCGCCUUUUUGCGCCGGACGAGGCGAGGACCGCGAAGCGCAUCAACGGCAAAACGGCCGUUUUCGUCUCAGUCGCGGGGGCCGUGACUGUGGCUCUGGCGUCUGGAGCCUGGUGCAGAAUCGCGCGUUUCUUCCGCUCGCUCGCCAGCCUCGUCUCCGCACUCUGGUGCACCCUAUGCAGGCGCGCGGAAAGUUCACGCGUCCAACGCUCGUCGAAAGCGCCCGACGGCGAAUCGCUCCCAAAGCGGAACCGCCUGCCGGCUCGACGCGCCAAGCUCGCGCCGCGCUUCGUUUUCCGCUGCGCAUGCACCGCGACGCACCACGAGGAACCCUGCCUGGCGCUGGACGCCGGACGUAGCCUGGGCGGCGCGGCAUGCCUCCCCGACGGGGAGGUUGGCCAGGAGGCACGGAAAAGCCAGGAAGCUCCAGGCCGCCAUGGAGGCGCCGCCGCUCCAAGCCUCGGCGGAAACGUCCUCAUUUUCUUCAAUCCCAAUGCAGGGUAUCUGGAAACUGCGGCAGUCAUUGGCGACGGAGAGCUCGACUUUUACCGGAGCCGCGGAGUCAGCGUUCUUCUCUUCAACUACCGCGGCUUUGGACGCUCCGCUGGCAAGUCCAGUCCGGCGUCUCUGCUCUCCGACGCAGCGGCCAUCUACCGCUUUGUCGCGUCCUGGCCGGGUGUACAGACAGUCGGCGUCCACGGCCGCUCCAUUGGCGGGAUGCCGGCGAUCUUCGUGGCGCUGCGCCAGCGACACAUUCGUCGCUCGCUUCUCGCGUCGGUUCCAAGCAGCGCGGCUCUCGCGUUGCCUUCUCGGCCUCGCAGGGCGGCGGGUGUCCGCGCCGCCUCUUCGCCUCGCCUCCCGUCCGUCUCCUUUCUCUGCGCAGACCGCACCUUCUCGUCUUUGCCAGACGCGGCGGGUGGCCUCCUCGGCUCCUGGGCGUACUGGGGUGUACGAGGAGCGGCGCUGACUGCGCACGUCGGGUUUUCUCUGUCACGCGUUUUCUCGACGCGAAGGGCGGAAACACGCCUCGGCGAAGACGCGGGAGAGCGCGGCAGCCUACCCGGAGAGAAGGGCAGUUUUUUCCGAGAAAAAAAGCAGCCAGGCGAGUCCACGGCCGCGUCUGCAGAGACACCGCGGGCGGCCGGGUUUGCGGGAGAGAGCGAGCCAUGGGAAACAGAGGACAUGGCAACAGAUGUCCGUCCGCUUGAAGAAGACGUGGAAGAGGCCGCGCGAAGCUGUCGCCUCGGCGCGAGGAGCGUGCAUGCGUUUCUCGCGUGCACAAACGUCCACAAAGUCGUCAUCGCCGACCCGGAGGACGAGGUGGUGAGGGAGGCGGCGUCCCUGAAGGCAGGCGUCGCCCGCGCACUCCUCAGGCGUCGCCAAGAGGCCGUCCGACAAACCCUGGUGCAUGCGUUCAUGGCUGAGAGACGCCGAACCUCGCCAGGCUUCGCCGGCUCGAAGAGAGAAGAACGGACCGACAGCGAUCCGUCUCUCGCUUCGGCGCCGCUCCUGGGCGAGGCGACUGCCGUUGAGACCGAAGGCGCGGGCGCAGGAAAACUCGCCGGGAAGCGCGCGGGAAACAGGCCAGGUUUCGGCAGAGCUCUGCAGGCCUGCGGAGAGGCACGGAGACAGACGAAAAUGGCGGUCGUGGGCAGCGCGAGGUCGAGGCGAUACAGCAACUCGAGCAGCGAGGACGAAGACACUCCCGCGCUCUGCAGAAGGCGGGCCACGCGAGCUGUUCGAUCGCUCCACUGUUUCCUUUCGUCGUCGUCCCUGCCGACUGCGGCGACGCCCGCGAGGACUCCGGCCAGCGGCGGCACGCCUCGCUCGCUGGUUCGCGCCUCGGGGAGUUUCGCCUCUUCGCGGGUCUGCAAGAGGCCGUCGAAGUGGUUCUCGGAUUGGACGCGAAACAGCCGACCUGAGAGCGCAGGCUCCUGGCGAGAAAGCGGCGACGCGCGACCGCACGCAGUCCUCGACGGCGGGAAGGCCGAAGAGCGCGAGAAGGCUCUGCGGAGUCUGUGCGAGGAAGAGGCCUCCGUGCUGCUUCACGAGCAAGAGAGGCAGCGAAAGAGGGCCCUACGCAGGGUGCCUGCCGCCUGGUUGCUCCUCGGCGAGGUUGUUCACUGUGCGCGGCUGUUGUCGCUUUCCCCGUCGGAAGGCGACAAAAGGAAACGCGGGAAGCGCACAGCCUCUGAGAAGUUUAGAGGACACGCGUUUCUCCGCUCCCUCUCGGCGUCCUCGAACUCCUCAGACGCCACAGAGGCCGCAGGAGCCGCAGGGGCCAGCGCAGAAGAGGCGAGCAGCGACGAGGGAGGGGAGAACCGGAUCGCGUCCAGGCGAGAGUCGCGACGGCGCCUGGGCCAGUCGCUGACCCUCCGAUCUCGAGACAGAAGAAGUCUCUCGCGAACGAGGCGAGAGGACUCGCGACUCGAAGCUCACGCUGAACAGUUCCCUGUGUUACGAGAGGCGCUGAGAACGUGUGCUCGUCGCGUGAACGCGCGUCUGCGGCAGCUGGAAGAGCGUCGGUUCUUCUUGGACGAGAGCGAUAGACGCUUCACGCCUCCCUCGCCCUUUUUUUCGCCUGUUCCCCAGUCGGCCGCGGAGCCCCCGGCCGCUGUCAGGAAGCGGCAGCGAAAGGCCUUCUCGCCUGAGAACGGCGCAGAGGGUCGUAGACACUUGGGAGGCUCUGGGCCUUCGCGACCUCGGACGCGGCGGUCGAACGCCUCCGUGUACACCGCAGUGCACAGCAGCGACGACGACAGCCAGGCCGGGUCAGACUGCGAGGACGCAGAGGCGAGCGACGCUUCGGAGAGACAGGCGCAGGGGAGGCCCCAGAGACAGCCUCGAGGGGAGCUGUGGAGACAUUUCCCGCUCAUCCAGAUUUCCGUGCAAGUUCUCGGGAUCCACGAAGACGCCGGCGAGGACCGUUCAGGGUCGAGGACGCCCAGAGGCCCCGCCCAUCCGUCGCCGGGGGAAACGCCACUGGAACUCACGCCUCCAUCCUCUGCAUGCCCGUCCGUACAGUCGACUCCCCGCCUCCCUCGGCCUCCGUCGCUGCGUCGUCCGUUGGAGUCCCCGUCUCGGGCGGGGCACGGAGUUCCCGACCCCCUGCGGAAUAUCUCGGCGCUCUCUUCUUUCUCGGAACUGUCUGUGGCGGUGAAGUCGGAGCCGUCGCUCGCGCGACGGUCUCCACGCGGCGACGGGCGUGCGUGGGGUUCUGCGGUGUCUCAGGCGUCUCUGAAACUCGUGUUUCUCUCGCAGCAGAGCGCAUUCUUUCCGCGACAUCAGGCCUCGCCUCGCGAGUCUCACGAGGCUCUCCGAGAGACACACCUGGCCGCCUGGCUCGCGCCCGAAGUCUCCACUUUGCUGGCGGCCGUCGGCGGGGCCUUGGCCGGCAUCGACGCCGGCGGUCUGCCGCUCGGCUCUGUUCUCGCGCAAGUCGCCGAGAAGAGCGGGAAACGCGACCGCGCGGCUCUCGCGCAGUUCUCGGACGUCCUCGCCGCCUGGGGCUCGUCGCUCACGGUGUGGACGGGGCGACAACAGCGGUGGGAGGACGAGCUGGAAACGCGACACCGCAAGCUCCUCGACGCUCUCCGAGGAGACAGACAGGAGACAAGCGAGACGGACCACGGCCGCGACACGCCAGAAGCAAGAGACCACAGAGAAAACAACGGGGAAGACAACACGAGGAGAGACAACUCCAGGGAACGCAACUCCAGGGAGGAACACUUCAGAGACAACUUCAGAGAAGAGAGCAGAGAGGAGAGCAGAGAGGAGAGAGACUAUGAACGGGCUUGGACGUUUGCCACCUGCGCGUUUUCUUCCCGACGUGAGUACGCUGUGCUGCUCCGUUUGGGCCGCAAUCUCCCGACGUUCUGCGAAUCGGGAACUCACGUAGAGAGCGAAGCGUUUGGGUCGGACACUUCGCGCUUUUUCCUUCCACACCCGACCGCGCCACGUCCUCGCUUGUCUCCACGAACUCUUUUGUCACCACGUCCUCGCGAGCGGCGAGGGACGCAGGAGGCGCUUUCGGGGCCUGUCUCUUUUGCUGCAGUCGCUGAGGCUCGCCGCGUCUUUGCGGCCGCAGAGACCGAAGUGGGGGCGUGGGAGCGAGAGCGCGCCUCUGACUGGCCCACGGGGUGUGGAGCGAAAGGGCAGAAGGAGAGGAAACUUCUCUCUGCUCUUCGCGACAUUGUUGACGAGGAGGGCGGAGCUUUGUUCCGCUCAGACGUCCUGGACGACGUCCUCACUCUCCUGCGCCUUGCGAUUUCAGUGGAUCAGCCGAGCGCCGGGCGUCACGACGGCAGGGAGGCUUCCGACUGGGGAAAGAACCGAGACGGGAACUCUUCAGUGAGGGCGGAAGACCGCGGCUUCAGUUCGUUUGCAUCGAACAACGCGGGCGUGUCCAAACAUCUCGCGUGGUGUGCGAAGGCACUCAGAGUCUCGCGCACUUCGUCUGCAGACUCAGCGCGGCGCAACGAACCACAAACCGCAGCAGGCAAACCAGGAGACAACGAGGGAGACACAAAACUCGACACAGAACCCGCAACAAACCUCCUGAGAGACUCCCAGGGAGAAACCUGCAUUCCGACCUCGCACUUCCGGUCUAUCCACGAGGCGAUCUUCCAGCUCUUGAGAGCUGUCCUUCGACAGGGGCGAAGCAGAGAUGAACUCGACGCUUGGGCAUGCGGAGGCCCAGCGCGCGAAGAGUCGCGCCGGAAACGGCCUGAUCCGAAACGUGAUCGCUCCUCGCUCCUUCUUCCCUUUGCUCGCGAGCUCGGGUUUCCCUCCGUUCCUCUGCUUUUUCGCCACAUCCAGCAGGCGGCAGAGCGCGCGGCGACAGCGAACCGCGAGGGAGCAGAGAAGGAAAACGGUGAAGACGCAGACGCUCAAGUCGAGAACCUGCCUGGUCUCCCCGCCACGCGCGCUGACUCGGAGCCCCGGGAGAGGCGAGAACAGAGACGGGAGAGACAGGACUUCCUCCACGUUGUUGAAAGCAGUAGCUGGGCUGACGGCCUCGCUGCCUUCAUGCGCCUUCAGGCCAUCGUCAGUGUGUACCGCGUCCGUACAACUCUUCGUCGCCACGCCGCGCUCUUCCUCCUUCUCUACCGAAACGCCCUGUACCCCCCCCCGCUGUUGGCCUCUUCGCCGCCCUCUUCUCUCUUUUGUCUUUCUGCUUCGAGGCGCUUUCAGCCGGCGCCUUCGAGCGAGAACGCUCCCCGCCGAGACGAGGGUUCGCCUUCUUUCCGCGCUCGAAGCGGCGACGGGUUCGGAACACUUCGCAGGGGUACGGUGGAAAGUGCAUUCGAAGACAUCUCCCUGGACGGCUCCGAGAGCGUUCCUCGGCAGACGCCGUCGUCCACUUCGCGAGGGUCCUCGGCUGACAUUCCAGUGUUUGAGGGACAGAGAGAGACGAGCGGAGACGUGGAAGGGAUGGAAACUCUCGAAGCUUUCGCCCGGUCAAGAGCACUCUGGAUGCUGCGGCAGGAACUGUUGCUUUUCAUCGGCGAACGCAUUUCAAGACUCCUCGACUUUGUCAACACUCUGUGGAGCGCCUACUUGGAACUUCCUCUCCUCACCCAGGCCCCGGUUUCAGGCUCGGCCUCUGCAUUGGGAUCGCGCGCAGAGAGCCGCGAGAAGGGACUGUCCGUUCCCCUCAGCGGAGACACUACGCCAGCGCCCGUUUCGCCCCGCACGGGCACGGUGAGAGGAGAGCUCGUCUCCUCGUCGCUCCUGGCGGGAGACGACAGCAGAGGAGCGACGGCGACGGAGGCGCCUGGCUUCGGCGAAGGCGACAGCGUUCAGCUCUUUUCCGUGGCCGAGCGACAGGAGCUGCGCAAGGAGCGACAGGGGAGUAAACGUGAAGGUGAACACGUGGCAAGAGGCGGAGAGGCCAAGGACGAAGACCCAUGGUCUUGUCCCUUGUGCCUCUCGCCUUCUGCCUUGACACCGAGCUGCGUGCGAGGCCACUUGCUGCCUUCCAAGGCGGGACACAACGGACCCCUGGGCGACGACGAGUUCCUUCUCCUUCACCUCCAUUUGCUCGCCGCGAACUUUAUAGACCCUGAGAAGUUCGGGGUGUAA